GGAAUGGUGGAAUUUGGAUUUCGACUGGGAUUCCGCGAAGCAACUUCAGCUAAAGUGUACAACACCAAAAAUUCUCCCUUAUAAAAUGGAUCCAAUACGACCUGACUUCAAACCUCAUCUUUACACUUGAUUUCUCUCUCUCUCUCUAGAGGAAUAGGGAUCCAUCUUCCAUGGCGUCCCUGGACUGCUCGGCGGAGCAACUGGCUCAGCUCUUGGGUCCCAACGGCACGGCCGCCGCCUCUUUCAUAUGCGAUCGAUUCUCCGCCGUCUCCGACAGUUUCACCGACACCAACUAUGCGGUCGACAAUACUUACCUCCUUUUCUCUGCUUAUCUCGUCUUUGCCAUGCAGCUUGGCUUCGCCAUGCUCUGCGCUGGCUCUGUGCGUGCCAAGAACACCAUGAAUAUUAUGCUCACCAAUGUCCUCGAUGCCGCCACCGGUGGCCUUUUCUACUAUCUCUUUGGCUUCGCUUUUGCCUUUGGCUCUCCCUCCAAUGGCUUCAUCGGUAAACACUUCUUUGCCCUCAAGUCCAUUCCAACCUCAACCUUCGACUACAGCAACUUCCUCUACCAGUGGGCUUUCGCCAUCGCCGCCGCCGGCAUCACCAGCGGCUCCAUCGCCGAACGGACCCAGUUUGUGGCUUAUUUGAUUUACUCAUCUUUCUUGACUGGCUUUGUCUACCCCGUCGUUUCUCACUGGUUCUGGUCCAGCGACGGUUGGGCUAGCGCCUCGAAUUCCGGAAACCUGUUGUUCGGUUCUGGGGUUAUUGAUUUUGCCGGCUCCGGCGUUGUCCAUAUGGUCGGCGGCAUCGCCGGGCUUUGGGGUGCAUUCAUUGAGGGACCCAGGAUUGGGCGGUUCGGUCACUCCGGCAGAUCCCUGGUUCUGCGAGGACACAGCUCUACGCUGGUGGUUCUCGGCACUUUCUUGUUGUGGUUUGGCUGGUACGGUUUCAAUCCCGGCUCCUUCUUGAAGAUUUCCGUUGCUUACUCCGGUGGGGGCAACUAUUACGGACAAUGGAGCGCCGUCGGUAGAACCGCCGUGACCACCACCCUAGCCGGUUGCACCGCCGCUCUAACCACCCUCUUCGGCAAACGCAUCCUCUCCGGCCACUGGAACGUCACCGACGUUUGCAACGGCCUCCUCGGCGGCUUCGCAGCCAUCACCUCCGGAUGCUCAGUGGUGGAGCCGUGGGCCGCCAUAAUCUGCGGAUUCGUAGCGGCGGUGGUGCUCAUCUCCUGCAACAAGCUUGCCGAAAAGGUAAAAUUCGACGACCCACUUGAAGCCACCCAACUCCACGGCGGCUGCGGCGCCUGGGGCAUCAUCUUCACAGCGCUGUUCGCGACUAAAGACUAUGUGAGCCAAGUGUAUAACUCGGGGCAACCAGGUAGGCCGUACGGGCUGUUCAUGGGGGGCGGCGGAAGGCUUCUGGCGGCCCACAUCAUCCAAAUACUAGUGAUAACUGGGUGGGUCUCUGCCACAAUGGGCACCCUCUUCUUCAUCCUCCACAAGCUCAAACUUCUGAGAAUCUCAGCAGAAGACGAAAUGGCUGGCAUGGAUCUGACUCGCCAUGGUGGCUUCGCUUACAUGUAUCACGAAGAUGAUGAUUCGAACAAGCACGCAUUCGAGCUGAGGAAGAUCGAACCAGCUGCUCCAACCACUAUUGUCACUACCACAAAUUAAGGCAAAAUCAUUUUACCUAUUUUAACUUUUUAAUUACAUAUAUAUAAUUUUUUGUCACUUAGGAUUUGAAGAUUUGAAUUAGCUUUGAAGAUUGAAAGUGUGACUGUCAAAGAUAGAUUUUGGGUUGAGUGGGUGGGUGGGUGGGUGGCUGUGAAUGGAGAUAACGAUAUGUCGGAGUAUUGUUUUGGUUGUUUUGGUGAUGAAUAAUGUGCAUAAGCUGUUGUGGUUGAAUAGUCCAUGUUGGAGUCUGGACAAUCUUUUUGACUUUUCCUUUGCCUUUUUUCUUUUUUUUUUUCCUUCCCAGAGAUUUGGGUAUGGGAUUGGUGGGCCAAAAACUGAAUCAAACAUGCAUAUUCAUGUGAAGUAUGUGACGAACCUCAUAUCCCACUGGCCCACAUGUAUAGGGAAUGGAAUGAAGGGGAGAGAUUCUCCUGAUUCCACUCAAUGUGGUGUCACAAGACUCAC